AUGGAGGGAGAUGUUAUGGACAAACUGGAGGACAUGGCUUCAGUCUGCGAGUUCGACCCAGUUACGGGCAGCAUCCCUGCGACGAAAGUGGAGAUCACCGUGUCUUGCAGGAAUCUCUUAGACAAAGACACGUUCUCCAAAUCAGAUCCACUCUGCGUCUUGUACACCCAAGGAGUGGAAACCAAACAGUGGAGAGAGUUCGGAAGAACGGAGGUGAUUGACAACACCCUAAACCCCGACUUUGUCAGAAAGUACAUCUUGGACUACUUCUUUGAGGAGAAGCAGAAUCUUCGCUUCGACCUAUAUGAUGUCGAUUCCAAAAGCCCUGAUCUGUCGAAACACCCCUCGGAACUCAGCGACUUCCUGGGCCAGGUGUUCUGCACCCUGGGAGAGAUCGUGGGUUCGCCUGGGAGCCGUCUGGAGAAGCCACUCGGCGGGAUUCCCGGAAAGAAAUGUGGCUCCAUCAUCCUGUCCGCGGAAGAGCUGGGGAACUGUAGGGAUAGCGCCACCAUGCAGUUCUGUGCAAACAAGUUGGACAAGAAGGACUUCUUUGGGAAGUCAGACCCCUUCAUGGUGUUCUACAGGAGCAACGAGGAUGGAACGUUCACUAUCUGCCAUAAGACGGAGGUGGUGAAGAACACCCUGAACCCUGUGUGGCAGGCCUUCUCCAUCCCUGUCCGAGCGCUCUGCAACGGAGACUACGACAGGACGAUCAAGGUGGAGGUGUACGACUGGGACCGCGAUGGCAGCCACGAUUUUAUCGGGGAGUUCACCACGAGUUACCGAGAGCUGGCUCGAGGGCAGAGCCAGUUCAAUGUGUACGAGGUGGUGAAUCCUAAAAAGAAAAUGAAGAAAAAGAAGUAUGUCAAUUCUGGAACGGUGACUCUAUUGUCAUUCACUGUGGAAUCUGAAUAUACCUUCCUCGACUACAUCAAAGGAGGGACCCAGAUCCACUUCACGGUGGCGAUUGAUUUCACCGCCUCUAACGGGAACCCGUCCCAGUCCACGUCGCUGCACUACAUGAACCCGUACCAGAUGAACGCCUACGCCAUGGCGCUGAAGGCCGUGGGCGAGAUCAUCCAGGACUACGACAGCGACAAGAUGUUCCCCGCGCUCGGAUUCGGAGCCAAGCUGCCCCCCGACGGCCGAGUUUCGCAUGAGUUCCCCCUGAACGGCAAUAUGGAAAACCCGUACUGCAAUGGGAUGGAGGGGAUUCUCGAGGCCUACCACCAGAGCCUUAAGACCGUCCAGCUUUACGGUCCUACCAACUUCGCCCCAGUCGUCAACCACGUGGCCAGGUACGCAGCGGCAGUGCAGGAUGGCUCGCAGUACUUCGUCCUCCUCAUCAUCACGGACGGAGUCAUAUCGGACAUGGCCCAGACCAAGGAGGCCAUUGUGAAUGCAGCUAAGCUCCCGAUGUCGAUCAUCAUCGUGGGAGUCGGCCAGGCCGAAUUCGACGCCAUGGUGGAGCUGGAUGGUGAUGACGUGAGGAUCUCCUCUCGAGGAAAGCUGGCAGAACGAGACAUCGUCCAGUUUGUUCCGUUUCGGGAUUACAUGGACCGGACCGGGAACCACGUGCUGAGCAUGGCGCGUCUGGCUAAGGAUGUCCUUGCGGAGAUUCCGGACCAGUUCAUCUCCUACAUGAAGUCCCGCGGGAUCAAGCCCAACCCGGCCCCACCGCCCUACACGCCCCCAGGACACACCAUGCACACACAGAUUUAA